AUGGGGACAGAAAUCUCUAAAUUCUUUCAUUUAUCUGCAAAAAUGCAAAGAAAUAAAAAUACUAUUAGAGCUCUCAAAAAGCAGGAUGGAUCGAUCGUUGAAGGACAAAACCAGUUGGGUGACUAUAUUGUGGAUUUCUAUGAGAGAUUUCAAGGAGUUAGUCCUAUAGUGGAUUAUGUAGAACUUUUGGACAGCAUCCCGAUGGUUCUUCAGCAGGACGAUUUAUACCAUCUUGACUCUCUUCCUGGAAAUGCAAAGAUUAAUAAGGCAGUGUGGGAAUUAGAUCCUAAUAGCUCGCCUAGCCGAAAUGGCUUCUAUGCUGCCUUUUACAGGAAAUGUUGGAAUAUUGUGGAAAAGGAUGUGUGCAGUGCGGUGAGAUUUUUCUUCAGUACUAGCUGUAUGCCCAGGGGAGUUAAUAAUAACUUCCUUGUCCUGAUUCCAAAAGAGGACGGUGUGGUGUCCUUGGAUAAAUUCCAUUCUCUGUGCAUGGGAAAUUUCUUCUGCAAAAUUAUUGCGAAGGUGAUGGUCAUGCGCUUAGAGAAUCUGCUUCCCAGUCUUAUUUCGGAAGAACAGGGCGCUUUUCAGAAGGGGAAGCUGAUUCAUGACAACAUUAGCGUGGCAUCUGAGCUGGCGAACCUGAUGUUCUCUUCCACAAGAGGGGUGGCCUUGGUCUAA